AUGCCUCGGCCCGGCCGCAACACGUACAGCGACCAGAAGCCGCCCUACUCGUAUAUCUCGCUGACCGCCAUGGCCAUCCAGAGCUCGCCCGAAAAGAUGCUGCCCUUGAGCGAGAUCUACAAGUUCAUCAUGGACCGCUUCCCCUACUACCGAGAGAACACGCAGCGCUGGCAGAACAGCCUGCGCCACAACCUCUCCUUCAACGACUGCUUCAUCAAGAUACCGCGGCGGCCAGACCAGCCCGGCAAGGGCAGCUUCUGGGCGCUGCACCCCAGCUGCGGGGACAUGUUCGAGAACGGCAGCUUCCUGAGGCGCCGCAAGCGCUUCAAGGUGCUCAAGUCGGACCACCUGGCGCCCAGCAAGCCCGCUGACGCGGCGCAGUACCUGCAGCAGCAGGCCAAGCUGCGCCUCAGCGCGCUGGCGGCCUCGGGCACGCACCUGCCGCAGAUGCCCGCCGCCGCCUACAACCUGGGCGGCGUGGCGCAGCCCUCGGGCUUCAAGCAUCCCUUCGCCAUCGAGAACAUCAUCGCGCGCGAGUACAAGAUGCCUGGGGGACUGGCCUUCUCCGCCAUGCAGCCCGUGCCCGCCGCCUACCCGCUCCCCAACCAGUUGACUACCAUGGGCAGCUCGCUGGGGACUGGCUGGCCACACGUGUACGGUUCGGCAGGCAUGAUCGAUUCGGCCACCCCCAUCUCCAUGGCCAGUGGCGAUUACAGCGCCUACGGCGUGCCGUUGAAGCCUCUGUGCCACGCAGCGGGCCAGACGCUGCCCGCCAUCCCCGUGCCCAUUAAGCCCGCGCCGGCCGCAGUGCCCGCGCUGCCCGCGCUGCCUGCGCCCAUCCCCACCCUGCUCUCGAACUCGCCGCCCUCGCUCAGCCCCACGUCCUCUCAAACAGCCACCAGCCAAAGCAGCCCCGCCACUCCCAGCGAAACGCUCACCAGCCCGGCCUCCGCCUUGCACUCAGUGGCGGUGCACUGA